ACCGCAGAGGAAGAAGAUUAGUUUCACCGCGCUGCUCGGGAUGUUGUUUCUUUUAAGAGAAAAUACAGUUUUUGAGUCUGGUACGUCAAUACCUGUAAUAUUCUCAGCGUCACAGUCGAGAAUAAGUUUUGAAGCAAGCAGGAAUAUCUUGAGGAGUAUCGUCUGAGCUGAGAUCUGCUUCUGUGAAGAUGAUGAUUGUUAAAGAAGAGAGUGAAGAGAACACGAGUGAACCAGAAAUCUGGAGAAUAAAACAUGAGGAACCAGAAACCUGCAGAAUAAAACACGAGGAACCAGAAACCUGGAAAAUAAAACAUGAGGAACCAGAAAUAAAACAUGAGGAACCAGAAACCUGGAGAAUAAAACACAAGGAACCAGAAAUAAAAUACGAAGAACCAGAACCCUGUAGAAUAAAACAUGAGGAACCAGAAAUAAAACACGAAGAACCAGAAACCUGGAGAAUAAAACACGAGGAACAAGGAGAGUUCAUUGAAGAAAAAGAGGAGAAUGAAGAAUCAAGUGAAGUUGAGGAGAGAAAUCAUGUAAAGACUGGAGGAACACCUUUGAGUUGCUCUCAAACCAAACAGAAAGAUUUAAAGAAAAAAAGAGUCAAAGAAUCUUUCACCUACACUCAGUGUGGAAACAGAUUCACACGUAAAACAAGUUUUGAGCAUCACAUGAGAGUUCAUACUGAAGAGAAUUCAUUCACUUGUGGUCAGUGCGGUACGAGUUUCAAACAAUCAGCAAACCUGAAGAUACACAUGAACAUCCACACUAAAGAGAAGCAGCACUCAUGUGAUCAAUGUGGUAAAGUGUUUUUAUGUGCUUCACUUCUGAAGAAACACUUGAAAGUUUGUGCAGAAGAGAAACCAAAUUCAUGUAAUUUGUGUGGUAAGAGUUUUUUGCAUCUACAAAGUUUGAAAGAACAUCAGAAAAUACACACUGCUGUGAGGGAGCACAUGUGCAUUGAGUGUGAAAAGACUUUUAGUUCAGCGAGCAGUUUAAAACAGCAACAGAGGAUUCACACUGGAGAGAAACCUUAUAAGUGUUCACACUGUGACAAGAGAUUCAGUCAGUCAGUACAUCUAAAAACACAUGAAAGGGUCCACACUGGAGAGAAACCGUAUAAGUGUUCACACUGUGACAAGAGAUUCAGAGUUUCAUCAAGUCUGAAAACACAUGAGAGGAUUCACACUGGCGAGAAACCGUAUAAGUGUUCACACUGUGACAAGAGAUUCAGUGUUUCAUCAAGUCUGAAAACACAUGAGAGGAUUCACACUGGAGAGAAACCUUAUAAGUGUUCACAUUGUGACAAGAGAUUCAGUCGAUCAGCAAAUCUAAAAACACAUGAAAGUGUCCACACUGGAGAGAAACCUUACAAGUGUUCACACUGUGACAAGAGAUUCAGUGAUUCAUCAAGUCUGAAAACACAUGAGAUGAUCCGCACUGGAGAGAAACCGUAUAAGUGUUCACACUGUGACAAGAGAUUCAGUGUUUCAUCAAGUCUGAAAAAACAUGAGAGGAUUCACACUGGAGAGAAACCUUAUAAGUGUUCACACUGUGACAAGAGAUUCAGUCAGUCAGUACAUCUAAAAACACAUGAAAGGGUCCACACUGGAGAGAAACCUUAUAAGUGUUCACACUGUGACAAGAGAUUCAGUAACUCAUCAAGUCUGAAAACACACGAGAGGAUUCACACUGGAGAGAAACCGUAUAAGUGUUCACACUGUGACAAGAGAUUCAGUGGUUUAUCAAGUCUGAAAACACAUGAGAGGAUUCACACUGGAGUGAAACGUUUUAAGUGUUCACACUGUGACAAGAGAUUCAGUCAGUCAGUACAUCUAAAAACACAUGAAAGGGUCCACACUGGAGAGAAACCGUAUAAGUGUUCACACUGUGACAAGAGAUUCAGUGGUUUAUCAAGUCUGAAAACACAUGAGAGGAUUCACACUGGAGAGAAACCUUUUAAGUGUUCACACUGUGUCAAGAGAUUCAGUGGUUUAUCAAGUCUGAAAACACAUGAGAGAAUCCACACUGGAGAGAAACCGUAUAAGUGUUCACACUGUGACAAGAGAUUCGGUCAGUCAAUACAUCUGAAAACACAUGUGAGGAUUCACACUGGAGAGAAACCUUUCACCUGCACUCAGUGUGGAAAGAGUUUGAAAAGAAAAAAUAGUUUUGAUGUUCACAUGAGAAUUCACACUGGAGAGAAACAGUACAAGUGUUCACACUGUUACAAAAGAUUUAAUCAGUCAACACAUCUGAAAACACACGAGAGGAUCCACACUGGAGAGAAACCGUACACAUGUGAUCAGUGCGGGAAGAGUUUUGCACGAAGAGGAACCCUUAUGACCCAUAUGAAAAUUCAUACAGGAGAGAAACCGUACACAUGUGAUCAAUGUGGAAAGAGUUUAAAGUGCAAAUAUAGUCUUGAGCGUCACAUGAUUGUUCAUACUGGAGAGAAACCAUACACAUGUGAUCAGUGUGGGAGGAAUUUUGCAUUGAAAGGAAUCCUUAUAACACAUAUGAGAAUUCAUACAGGAGAGAAACUGUACACUUGUGAUCAAUGUGGGAAGAGUUUGAUUAGCAAAUGUAGUCUUCAGAUUCACAUGAGAGUUCACACUGGUGAGAAACUGUACACUUGUGAUCAGUGCGGGAAGAGUUUCUCACACUCAGCAAACCUUAAGAGACACAUGAACAUCCACACUGGUGAGAAACUGUACUCGUGUGAUCAAUGUAGCAAAAGAUUUUUGAGGGCUUCAGACAUAAAGCAGCACCUGAAAGUUCAUACAAAGGAGAAACCACAUUCAUGUAAUUGUUGUAGAAAGAGUUUUUCACGUCUACAACAUUUGAAAGAACAUCAGAAAAUACAUGCUGCUGUGAGAGAGUACAUGUGCUUGGAGUGUGAAAAGACUUUUACUACAGCAAAGUGUUUAAAACUGCACCAGAGGAUUCACACUGGAGAAAAACCUUUCAAGUGUUCACACUGUGAUACGAGAUUCAGUCAUCCAGGAAAUCUGAAAAGACAUGAGAGGAUUCACACUGGAGAGAAACCGUAUCACUGCACUGAAUGUGAGAAGUGUUUCAGUCGUCCAUCUGCUCUAAACAAUCAUACAAAAAACUAUCACACAAAGUGUUUAAAACCGCAUGAGAGGAUUCACACUAGAGAGAAACCUUAUAAGUGUUCACACUGUGACCAGAAAUUCAGUCAUUCAUCAAAUCUGAAAAGACAUGAGAGGAUUCACACUGGAGAGAAACCGUAUCACUGCACUGAAUGUGGGAAAUGUUUCAAUCGUUCAUCUGCUCUACACAGUCAUACAAAAACAAUCAUAAGUUGAUUGAAGAAAACGAGGAGAAUCAAGAAUUAAGUGAAGCUGAGGAGAAAGAUCAAGUCAAAACUGAAGAAAAACUUGAGUUGCUCUCAAACCAAACAGAAAUAUUUAAAGAAAAGAAGAGCCAAGAAAUCUUUCAUCUGCACUCAGUGUGGAAAGAGUUUGACAAGCAAAACGAGUCUUGAGCAUCACAUGAGAGUUCACACUGGUGAGAAACUGUACACUUGUGAUCAGUGUGGGAAAACAUUUUAGUGGGCUUCAGACCUGAAGAAUCACUGAGAGUUCAUACAAAGGACA